UCCGGUGUCAUGGCUGCCCUGUCCACAUCAUAGUGCUGAGAAUUUCUGUCCUCGCUAGACUGCUUACUGAUACUUCUACGGCCUACAGCCCUCAUGGGAAGGACUCUUGGAGACCAGAAAGACACACAAUGGAAGCAGUAACCUUCAGUGAUGUGGCUGUGAACUUCACCAGGGAGGAGUGGGCUUUGCUGGAUCCAUUCCAAAAGAAGCUCUACAGAGAUGUGAUGUUGGAAAUCUUUAGGAACCUGGCUGCCAUAGGAGGGAUGUCAGAUGACCAGCAAAUUGAAGGCGAAUACAAAAAUUGCAAGAAACAUCUACGAACUGAGGAGGUAGAACAAUCCUGUCAAUAUAAAUUAUGGUAUCAACAUGGCAAUAUGGUUUCUCAGACUCCAGAUACAAAUGUGCGUAUGACAGUAGUUGGAAUACACCCAGGUGAAUGCUUCUCCAGAAGGCCCCUGUAUGAGCAGCAGGAAUUUCAAGAGAAGCGGUCUAACUAUGAUGAAUAUGGCAAGUCAUUCACGAAACUCAAGUGUUUUCAGAAAUAUGCAAAGGUGACUCUCGGGGAGAAAUUCCAUGAAUAUAUGCCAUGGGCAAAUUAUUACUCUGAUUACACUGAAAAUAUUACCGUUUGGGAGAAACCAGAUGUCAAAUCAUUCAUUAUACCCAGUGAUGAUCAAAUUGGGAAAAGACAUCACCAAGAAGUGAAUAUGUACACAUGUGUACCAUGGGGAAAAGACUUUAACACUCACUAUGAUAUUCAGACAGAUGAAACAGCUCACUCUGGAAAUAAAACCCAUGUAGAUAAACACUAUAGAAAAUCUUUCACUAACAAUUCCAUGGAUAAUCAUAAAAGAACUAGCAAUGGGGAGAAACUCUGUGUAUGUAAGCAAUGCGGGGAAGCUUUCAGAAGUGAACAUCAUUGUCAAAUGCAUGGGGAGAAAGCCUAUGCAUGUAUGCAGUGUGGCAAAGCUUUGAGAACAAGUGGUGUUUGCCAAAAUCAUGAACAGACUCACACUGUGGAGAAUCCAUAUGUGCAUAAGCAAUGUGGGAAAGGUUUCAGCAGAAAACAUCACUGGCAAAUGCAUGAAUGGACUUGCACUGGGGAGAAAACCUAUGUAUGUAAGCAAUGUGGAAAAGCUUUUAGCAGAAAAAGUAAUUGUCAAGUGCAUGAAAGGAUUCACACUGGGGAGAAACCCUAUGUGUGUAAGCAGUGUGGGAAAGCUUUUAGCACAAAAAGUAACCAUCAAGCACAUGAAAGGUCUCACACUGGUGAGAAACCCUAUGUAUGUAAGCAAUGUGGUAAAGCUUUCAGCAGAAAAGAUAAUUGGCAAAUGCAUGAACGGAUUCACACUGGGGAGAAACCUUUUGUAUGUAAGCAAUGUGGAAAAGCAUUCAGCACACGCCGUAAGUGUCAAAUACAUGAAAGAAUUCACACUGGGGAGAAACCCUAUGUAUGUAAACAAUGUGGCAAAGCUUUCAGAACAAGUGAUGUUUGUCAAAAUCAUGAACGGACUCACACUGGGGAGAAACCCUACGUAUGUAACCAAUGUGGAAAAGCUUUCAGCAGACAAUACAGUUGUCAGGAACAUAAAAGAACCCACAGUGGAGAGAAACCCUAUGUGUGUCGGCAAUGUGGGAAAGCUUUCAGAUCACAGAGAAGUUGCCAAACUCACAUAUGGAGUCACAGUGGUAAGAAACCUUAUGUAUGUUCACAAUGCGGGAAACCUUUCAGUAGCAAAGCAGGUUGUCAUUUACAUGAAAGGACUCACACUGGGGAGAAACCCUAUGCAUGCAAGCAUUGUGGCAAAACUUUCAGAACAACUUCUGUUUGUCAAAGUCAUGAACGGACUCACACUGGGGAGAAACACUUUGUAUGUAACCAGUGUGGAAAAGCUUUCAGCAGACAAUAUAGUUGUCAAGAACAUGAAAGAACCCACAGUGGAGAGAAACCCUAUGUAUGUCAACAAUGUGGGAAAGCUUUCAGAUCACGGAGGAGUUGUCAAACUCACAUAUGGAGUCACACUGGUAAGAAACCUUAUGUAUGUUCACAAUGUGGGAAAGCUUUCAGCAGCAAAACAGGUUGGCAUUUACAUGAAAGAACUCACACUGGGGAGAAACCUUAUAAAUGUAAGCAAUGUGGCAAAGCUUUCAGCACAACAGCUAUUUGUCAAAAUCAUGAACAGACUCACACUGGGAAGAAACCCUUUGUGUGUACACAAUGUGGCAAAGCUUUCAGCAGGAAAGAAGGUUGGCAGAUACAUGAAAGGACUCACACUGGGGAGAAACCCUAUGUGUGUAAACAAUGUGGGAAAGCUUUUAGCACAAAAAGGAAUUGUCAAAUACAUGAAAAGACGCACAUUGGGGAGAAACCCUAUAUAUGUAAACAGUGUGGGAAAGCUUUUAGCACAAAAAGAAAUCAUCAAGCACAUGAAAGGGCUCACACUGGUGAGAAACCCUAUGUAUGUAAGCAAUGUGGUAAAGCUUUCAGCAGAAAAGAUAAUUGGCAAAUGCAUGAACGGACUCACACUGGAGAGAAACCUUUUGUAUGUAAGCAAUGUGGGAAAGCCUUCAGCACACUCUGUAAGUGUCGAAUACAUGAAAGAAUUCACACUGGGGAGAAACCCUAUGUAUGCAACCAAUGUGGAAAAGCUUUUAGAACGAGUGAUGUUUAUCAAAAUCAUAAACGGACACACACAGGGGAGAAACCCUAUGUGUGUAACCAAUGUGGAAAAGCCUUCAGCAGACAAUAUAGUUGUCAAGAACAUGAAAGGACCCACAAUGGAGACAAGCCUUAUAUAUGUAAGCAAUGUGGGAAAGCUUUUAGCAAAAAAAGGAAUUGUCAAGUACACGAAAGGACUCACACCGGGGAGAAACCCUAUGUAUGCAAGCAAUGUGGGAAAGCUUUCAGCAGAAAAGGUAAUUGGCAAAUGCAUGAACGCACUCACACUGGGGAGAAAUUCACAUCAGUGUUUAGUAUGUGGAAAAAUCUAUAGUCAUUUUGGUAUAUUUCAUGUGGCAAGUAGUAUUGUGAGAAGUAAUUAAUAUAAAGGUUGUGCACAAGUUAUCAGUUGUCCUUCAUGCAAUAAUGUAUAUUAAAUGAAAACCAUGUGAAAGUAAAAA